CUUUGAAUACAGUUCAAGGAAAACCACCAAAAUGUGGCGCCAGAUUGUUUUCGUUUGUUUAAUUAUCCAAGCUGUAGCUGGAACGUGCAGAUUGGACUUCAAGUCAAAAGCCCCUGGAGUGUUCACCAGAAAAUUCGGUUCUAACAAUAUCAUCUUGAGUGCCGCAGAUGGUGAGAUAUCCUGGGAUGACAACAUGAUAGUCAACGCCCAUUGCAGAAAUGGUUUCACGGACUAUUCGUAUUACACGUCAACACCGGAAAAGGAUCUUAUCCUUUCUUGUUCUGGUUCGACUGUAUACUACAAGACAUCGGAGUACGAUGCAACAAAUCAAGUUCGCUCAGGAUACAUGUCUUGCCAGACUGAAUCCACAUAUUAUGAAGCCACCAUCAGUGCAUGUAAGGAAUACGGACUUGCGUAUGGAUUGUUUGUUGGGAAACAACCCGUCAUCCUUGCUGAUGUUUGCUAUAAUUUGAACACAAUGAGAACUCAAUUUGUUCACUACGUAGCUGGCCCGCGUUCACCAGUCGUUGAAAUCCAGAGCACAUUCAAUCCAUCCAAUGCAACAGUUGGAUCCAAUGUGUCAGUCAAUGCAUUUUUCGAUUCUGAGGCUAUCGAAAAUGAAAAUAAUUCAUUGGUAAAAGCCGUCCAGGAUAAAAUGCCUUUCUACUCCGAAAUUGUACAAUACCAACUACAAGAACUAGUUCCUCUGGAUAAGUCUGCUGGCAUUCUCAGUCCCUACACAAAAGACUUUAUUAACACCAACACAAUUGCUUGGUGGAAGCCUUUGAAAUUUGGUAACUGGAAAUCAGUGGAGGAAGCCAUUGCCCAAGUUUCAGCUAGCUCAUCAUUCGACGUGUUUGCUGGAACAUCAGGGGUUGUGAUGUAUCCUUUGGAUAAGAGGUGCUCAUUCACUGAAAAAUUGACAUAUCGGGCGGACCAGUAUCAGCGAAAUGUACCUUUAUACGUGUGGAAUUACGUAAAAUCGAGAGAUGAUAAAACUGACAAAGGAGUCGUUAUUAUUGGCGUGAAUUCCCCAUUCUUUGAAAGUGGGAAUAAACCUGAUAUUCCUUGUGAAGACAUCUGCGAUAGUAUUUCGUGGCUCAGCAGCGUGAAUAACGUACGAAAAAUGUCAUCCCUUGGAUAUGUAUUCUGCUGCAAGCCAGGAACUAUAAAAUUGGAAAACUUUCCAGAUUUGUAAAUCAACUUAGUACGUAGAAUGAUUUGUGAAGCAAUUUCUAUCUCAGGAAUAUGGCUUGAAAUAAAUAUAUUCUGCAAUGCUAA